GCAGUCUGUGAGGCAGACUCUGGCGAGGCGGGAGAGUGAGCCGGGAUUUACCUGACGGCUUCAUUUUAAAAGCACACGAUCUGAGUGGCUAACAGCAGGACACUUCCUCCUUCCAUCAUCUUUGAACUUGAGAGAUGCAGAUGGAGGGAGUGCUGAUUUUAAAAUCUGCCUCUUCUCCCAGCUGUUCCUCUCAAAACUCGUCUCCUCUUUCACUGGAUGCUCAGGAGGAUUCAGAUCUCCAGUCGUCUUCUCCCAUGCCUCUCUCCGUGUGUGUUACAGCUGCACCCCCACCGCCACCUCCUCCUCCUCCUCUUCCUCCCCCUCCUCCUCCUCCACCUCUCCUUUCUCCCCCUUCUUUUGGCUCUCGUAAUGUCCAGCGACGUUCCAUGAAAAAGCUUAACUGGGACACCAUCCCCAGCCAGCGCGUCCUGGGCAAACUGAAUGUCUGGACGUCUAAACGGCCUCAGAGGGACCUCGUGCUGGACUUUCGGAGCAUGGAGGAGUUGUUCAGUCAUGUAGACAAACGGGCCUCGCUGCACAAUUCAAGGGCCACGAGUGUGAAGGCGAGUGAGGGCAAUGACGUCUUUCCACAGGUCACAAUCCUUGACUCUAAAAAGAGCAUGAAUAUUGGAAUCUUCCUGAGACAUUUCAAGAGGCCAGUGUCAGAAGUGGUGCAGGACAUUCGUCAAGGGAACUGGCUCAGAUUUGGAACAGGCAAACUAAAAGAGCUUUGUAAACUGCUGCCAGAAGAAAGUGAGGUGAAGCAGCUGCUGUCCUUCAGUGGGAACCUGUCUGUGUUACCUGAGGCUGACCAGUUUAUGGUGCAGCUGGUCAAAGUGCCGGGCUAUGAGGAACGCCUGAAAACAAUGGUGCUGAGGGAAGAAUUCUUUCCUCUUAUGGAGGAGGUGAAGAACUCAGUUGCUGUCAUGAUCAAAGCAGCUAAUGAGCUGUUGGACUGCGAUGACCUCCACUCGGUCAUUCGGCUGGUAUUAAAAGCUGGGAAUUACAUGAAUGCUGGUGGUUACAGUGCCAAUGCCAUUGGCUUCAGGAUGACCUCGCUGCUCAAUCUGGCAGACACAAAGGCCAACAAGCCUGGCAUGAACCUCAUGCACUAUGUUGCCAAGCAAGCAGAGGACAUCGAUGCUGAGCUGCUGACUUUUCACACCCAGCUUGAACACAUUGGGAUGGGAUCAAGAAUUUGUAAAGAAGACGUCAUCGCAGACUUUGAGAGGGAAGUCAAGAAAAUCGAGGAAGUGAAAUUGUACAGCAGCAGACAGCCUGGCCUCUUACAACAAAUGGAGAUGUUCCUCAUGAGGGCUGAGGCAAAGCUGGCUGAAGUAGAGUCCUCUCUUCAGGAGCUAAAGGCUGUGAGCGAUGCUGUCGCCGAGUACUUCUGUGAAGACCCAGCUACCUUCAAACUGGAGGAGUGCUGCUCCAUCUUUCAUUCAUUUUGCAAGCGGUUUGACACAGCUGUACAAGAGAACCGCGAGCGAGAGGCAGCGGAGCAGAGGCGCAAGCGGAAGGAGAGCAUCCGCAUUGCAGCCAAACGCCGCUCCACAGUGUCCCGCUCAGGACCUGAAUCUGAUCAGGACUCCUCCAGCUUGGAGUCCAUCUUACACAGCUUUCUCUCCACCGCUCCAGAGGGAUUAUCCAGAUUCAGAAAGAAAGAACUUCUGGCAAUCACAGGACCCCCCUCUGAGCUCAGCUCUAAGACUGUCCCAUCAGUAGAAAAAAAUGAGUCUGCGCCUUGUGCUGGAAAAGAGACACCUGGAAAGAAACAACCCAAACUUCAGAGAGAGGACAAGAAAAUGACAGAUGCAGAAAACCAUGAAGAAGCUGAGAGGAUGCGUGAGAUAACACGUAAGGUGCUCCGCUACCAAAACAGCAAAAGCGGCCUCGAUGCUGACAGAGUGUCAGAGACUCCUCGUCAGUUCGAGAGAGUUCAAGACACACCAGCUACCCCAGGUACCCCUCGGUCCACAAGCAGAGACUUCUUAUUUACCAACGAUGGGGAAGUGGGCUCCCCAUGGACUAUCCUGAGCCCUUUUACUUGCUCCCCAAGAAAUACAUCCCACCGAAACAGACGAGCACACGUACGCAGACUUUCCUCUAUGCCGGGUGGAGAUGACCUUUUUGAUGGAGUCUGGCACGGAGGCAAUCAUCUACCCACAUCCUCCACUCAGGACAAUCCAAAAUCUCCACCUGCUGCUCCUGUGUCUCUGCCUGAGUGCCGCAGUCAGAGAGCUGUGUCGCAGGUUCCAAUGCUCAGGUCAGCUUCUCUGGAUGAAACCGGGCGAUCUCCAGCACCUGGCUUCCGGCUGGGAGACUUGUUCCAGAGAGGCACGUCUCAAAGGUCAUACUCCUCUGGAUCAACGACAGAAACUAUGAGAGGGGAAGGAGCAGGAGUCGGCUCGUUGCUUGGCAGGAAGGCAGGAAAUCAUGUAGAAGGUCAAGUGAGCACCUCUGGGUUCAUAUCCUUCUUCAGACGCAUCGGAGGCAGAAAUAAAUCUGCUGAUGUGGGCGAACAAAACUUUAAAGGAUCUAAUACUUGAUCCAAAAUUUUAUAUAGAGACAAAGACUAAACUUUGUCAUUUUUUUGUGUUUGUUUGUCCUUUUUAUUGGUAUGGUUUUACCCUUCAGUAGACCCAAAGUAAAUGACGACUUGCUUUGAACUGUGAAGGUUUUGAUUUUGUGGGAGUCAGUCCCCGUCCAAAGAUCUUUUUUGUCUUUUUGUGCACAAUAAAUGGUGUCAUUCUACCUAUCAAAUUUAACUAGUAUAUGGAUUAUGCACUCUGCAACAUUUAUUGUUUACUGGCUCUCAGGUUGAAUUGUCCUCUUCCAUGCUUUUUAUGAAAUCCUUAAGUCUGACAGGUGCUAAUGUCUCCUUAGUGAUGCCUGCUCAGUUUCCAGUACUUGCCUUUCACUUCAUCUAUUAUUUCUUCUCUCUGUCAGUCUGGCUCAGAGGCAGUAGUUCAGGCAGCAGAGGAGCAUUUGAUUUGAACUUUAAGGCUUUUAACACAUGUAGGAUCUUAAAACUGAGACAAACACAAAGCAGAUUGGAAAUUCAGACCAUAGAUAUAUAUUCAUUUAAAUGUCAAACUCCCAGCUCAUGCUGUCAUCACAACUGACAAAAAAAAUCUGAAUAGAACACAUUGUUGCUGGUGAACCCACGCUGGUUUCCAGAGGAUCUGUUAUACCACCACUGUGCC